UGCGUGAGGGCGGGUAGCGGCGCCCCGCCCCCUCUUCCCUCCUCCCUCAGGGUGCGCGAGCGCGGGAGUGGCGGCUGGGCCAUUGGCGGGGUCCGCAGGUUUGCUCCUGACCUUCUAUAACAAUGUCCAAGCAACAACCUGCUCAGUUUACCAAUCCAGAAACCCCUGGCUAUGUUGGGUUUGCAAACCUUCCCAAUCAGGUUCAUCGGAAGUCUGUGAAAAAGGGGUUUGAAUUUACUCUUAUGGUGGUUGGUGAAUCUGGAUUGGGAAAAUCUACAUUAAUAAACAGCCUCUUCUUGACAGAUCUCUACCCAGAACGGAUAAUCCCAGGAGCUGCUGAGAAGAUUGAGCGCACUGUGCAGAUUGAAGCCUCAACGGUUGAAAUAGAAGAGAGGGGAGUGAAGCUACGUUUGACAGUUGUAGAUACACCCGGAUAUGGGGAUGCUAUCAAUUGCAGAGAUUGUUUUAAGACUAUAAUCUCCUACAUCGAUGAGCAGUUUGAGCGAUAUCUGCAUGAUGAGAGUGGUUUAAACAGAAGGCAUAUCAUAGAUAACCGUGUUCAUUGCUGCUUCUAUUUCAUUUCACCAUUUGGUCAUGGUCUUAAGCCUUUGGAUGUUGAAUUUAUGAAGGCAAUACACAACAAAGUAAAUAUUGUACCAGUAAUUGCAAAAGCUGAUACACUUUCUCUGAAAGAGCGAGAAAGGCUGAAGAAAAGGAUUCUGGAUGAAAUUGAAGAGCAUGGCAUCAAGAUUUAUCACCUGCCUGAUGCUGAAUCUGAUGAGGAUGAAGAUUUUAAAGAGCAGACCAGACUGCUGAAGGCCAGCAUUCCAUUUUGUGUAGUGGGAUCCAAUCAACUCAUUGAAGCCAAAGGUAAAAAAGUUAGAGGUCGACUGUACCCAUGGGGUGUUGUUGAAGUGGAGAAUCCAGAACAUAAUGACUUCCUGAAAUUGAGGACCAUGUUAAUCACCCAUAUGCAAGAUCUUCAGGAGGUGACCCAAGAUCUUCACUAUGAGAACUUCCGUUCUGAGAGGCUCAAACGAGGCGGCAGGAAAAUAGAAGAUGAAGAAGUAAAUAAAGACCAGAUUUUGCUUGAAAAAGAAGCUGAACUUCGUCGCAUGCAGGAGAUGAUUGCGAGAAUGCAGGCGCAGAUGCAGAUGCAAAUGCAAGGCGGAGAAGGGGAAGGCAGUGCAGUUCAAGGACACAAUGCAUAAAGUUUUUGAUUACUUUAUACCCUUGGCUUAAAGGAGCCAUUCUGGAGUUGAAUUAUGGUGGCAUUAUGCCAGAAGGAAUGCCUUUUGCUCAGCAUGUGACUUGGAGAUUAUUUUGGAGUUUAACAAGGAAAUGCAUUGUGGUAACUCUUGUGAUACAUAUUUCAUAACGUGUAGUCAGUAUUCUAUAUAUUAUACACCUUUGACUUGGUUUUUGUUUAGUAAUUCUUAUAUUAAGCUUAUUUUCAGUUUCCCAUUGUAAUAGGGAUACAAAAUAGACAUUGAAACUUUUCUUGCCUGAAAUGGUGUUAGAUGACUUUCUUUAAUAUUAACUCCCUCCUUUUAAUUUUGUGUUAUGUUUAGGAUUAAGCAGCUGUUAGUGGUAUCCUGUUCAGUAGUGUGUAAUAGUCACUAAUUAGGGAGCCCUGCAAGGUUAGUUUUAUAUUUUUGCAGUGUUUACAGGUGUGUGUUGGUGAGACCUCAGCCCUUCCUGUCUCUGCUCAGUGCAGAUUUCCUUGGUCUCUGCAAGUAUCUAAUUAAAAUUCAGGCAUGCCUUUUGUCUUAAUGAAAGAACUCAGAGGCAGUACGUCUUUAAGGGCACGCUCCAUUUGAUAUGACAGGCAUUAUGUCCUUCAGAUUUAACCCUGAAGGAUGUAUGUUCUUUUAUUGUUUGCCUAAAAUCUCUUCCUCUAUGUUGCAGGUAAUUUUAAGAGUUUCUUGUAGGUCAGCACAAAUCAGUCCUGCUGUUUUCUGGUGUUACUGUAGCCACAUAAGCUUAAAUAAUGCUGAUAUGUUAAAUGAGAUAAACCCCAAAGAGUAGUUUUCUAUGCAUGAGUGUUUCCCUAUCUAAAUACAUAUGAAAUUCUAGAAUUCCUAAGGAGUAUUUUCAUACUAUUUUUAGGGUAUUGCAAACUGUUAAUUGUAGUAUAAAACAUACACUAGCGCACUUCUUUAAAGUUAUCUGUGCCUGACAGGAUCAGUGCAAGCUGUAUUUUAAGGUUCUGCUCCAAGAUGGAAUAAACAGUAUUACUUUUGAGGUGGCUCCAAGAUGUUAUGCUUUUUUUUUUAAUUUUAAUUUUUAAGGGCCAAGGUCACUUUCCUUAAUACUGCCAGGAAAGAAAACUCUUUUUGAGGUUGGCUGCAUAUCAUGGCAGAUAUUGUGUUUGCAGUCCAGAGUAACAGCUGUAUGCAGCUCUGUAGGUGGUAGCUGACAAGUAGUAGUGUGCUGCAGUUGGCUUUUCAAGUACUUCUGAUAAAGCCAGCAAUCAGAUUUACUAAUGUGUAUUGUUGUUAUCUGAACAGCUAACAAGUAGGUAGAAUUCCAACUCUUUCUUACUUCUGAGCUCAGGUGUAGCAAUGAUUUUUAUAAUUUUUUCGAUGUUUCUUUGAAAAAAGUAAUAAGAUUUCUACAGCUAAUGUAUACUCUCAGUGGUACUUAAAUGGCUAGGUUAAAUAUCAAUCUACUAAGCAGCUGAAAUUUUUACCUGCCUGAAACUACUGUUUAUGAAUUAUUUUGUAUUUGAAUCUUUCUAAAAAUGUGAAGUAAAAUAUUCCAUCGUAGCCUUUUCUAGGGAGCUCCAGUUUUCUUUGCAAAAGCAAUUAUUCUCAAAACUUUCCAUGACUUGUGAUUUUCCCUAAUCACCACAAAAGCGAAAACGAUGACAUCCUUUUAUAUAUUUAGAUGCACGAAGCACAAAGUCCCAUUUUUGUCAAAUAAGUUUUAUACAAACUUGGAUGGAAAAGCACCCGCUCCUAAGUUCUUGUCUUGCCUUUUCUAAACGCUGUACAGAAAUAAGGUGGCAGUAUUACCAGAAACAAACACAAAACAUAAUCUACAGAACCUUAUUUCUGGUUCUUUUGGUGCAUUUUUGUGAAUCAGUUGUCAGGCUGAAUAGGGCUCUGAGCAAUGUGAUCCAGCUGUAGAUGUCCCUGUUCUUUGCAGGGCAGAUGGUCUUUAAAGGUCCCUUCCGAUUUAAAUGAUUCUAGAUAUUCCAGAAGAACUUACUAUACACUUAUCUCUAAAUAGUUUGUGAACUAUUCUUCAGUUGCCACAAAUGUACUUUGUUCUGUUUCUGCAGCAUUUGCCUCCUUUUAAGCUAUCAGUCUAUUAUCUCUGUUAAAGCAUACUUUGCUCCGAACACUUAGGUACUGUCUAUUUUGCCAAGGAGAGCAAACUCUGAUGUUUGUGUUUUCACAUAAAAGCUCGGUAGCGUAAGGUAAUCUGCAAUAGCAAUAUGAACCAGUACUUGAACUGUGAAACCUAAAGUGUAUGCAAACCAGGCCCUGGUUACGCUUGUAACUCUCUCCGUGUGUGUUGGUUUUCUUUUGUUUGUUUUUCCUGUGUUUUCUAUCAUGGGAACAAAAGCAGAUUGUCUGUGCUUAUAGUGCUGUUUGGUCACUACCUGUGGAAUUACUUCAGGCUGCGUCUUAUUCUUUGAAAUAACAUGUAUCUAUUGAAAUAUUUCAUCAGGGUAAAGCAAUGCAGAUAAUUCUUAAGCAAUAAAUAUUUUCGUGUAUAUUUUUUUCGUACAUAAAAUCCAGUUUAUGGCACUUGCCGUUUUAACUGAAAAGACAGCUAAUUACUUCCUAAGUCUCUGGGGGCGAUACCUAUAGUGUGCCUGAUGUCUCUGAAGGUCUCUUUCUCCUUCACGUUUCUUGUGAUGGCCUUGCAGUCAGGGCUUUUGUGGUGAGACAUAAAAAGUGAGACCACCUUUCUCAGAUUGUUGUUGUUUUUUUUUUUAUGAACUUCAGCUACUGGUAGAAGAUAAACCUGGAGACAAAAGGUUGAUGUUUGUUGACGUGCUGAACCGGCCACAGCUUGUUUUCUGGUACAGCAUUGUUGAAGUUCCUAUUUUAGGAGUAAAAGUACUUUUGAAUUUGCAGAGCUUUAUAUUUGGUAGCAAAAAUGACUUGCUUGUGGUACAGAAUUCUUACUGUUAUAUUCUGUUUUAUGUACUGUCAUUAGCCAAGGCUAUAAUAAAAAUGCUAAAAUAAAAAAUAA